GACAGCUCCUGAGCUGAAGCAGAGCUGCCCCUGUUCUCUACCACCUUCUCCCCCCUCGCUGCCAGCAGCGCUCGGUCUUCCUCGCGGACCCCAAACCCACUUUCACUUCCGGGACGCGGCUUUGCGGACGGAUCGGACUAGGCCAUGGCCUUUCUUGGGAGUGCAGUUCGGCGAGUGGCGUCGGCGGUGCGGCCCCCUCUCUCACCGCUGUGCCGAACGAGCGCUCGGUCCUACAGCUCAGAACACACCAAAGAGAAGAGUGUUCCCUAUGAGAAAACACUGAAGCAGGACGCUGGCGCUGCCUCGGGUCCCACCAAACCUUUACCCAGGUCGGCCGAUGUGGUGGUGAUCGGGGGCGGGAGCCUGGGCUGCCAGACCGUCUACCACCUGGCUAAAAUGGGGAUGACCAACGUGGUCCUGCUGGAGAGAGACAGACUGACCGCCGGGACCACCUGGCACACUGCAGGCCUGCUGUGGCAGCUCCGUCCCAGUGACGUGGAGGUGGAGCUCUUGGGCCACACAAGAAACGUGGUGAGCAGAGACCUGGAGGAGGAGACGGGUCUCCACACGGGCUGGAUCCAGAACGGAGGACUCUUCAUCGCCUCCAACAAGCAGAGGCUGGACGAGUACAAACGUCUCAUGUCGCUGGGCAAAGUUUACGGCAUUGAGUCCCAUGUCCUGUCCCCGGCGGAGACCAAAGACGUUUAUCCUCUGAUGAACGUUGACGACCUGUAUGGAACGCUGUACGUACCGACAGACGGCACCAUGGACCCAGCAGGAACCUGCACCACCCUCACCAGGGCAGCCUCCGCCCGGGGAGCGACGGUGAUCGAGAACUGCCCCGUCACUGGCAUUCAAGUGCGGGCAGACGACCUCGGAGUGAAGAGGGUGAAGGCGGUGGAGACCGCUCACGGGACCAUCGAGACGCCCUGUGUGGUGAACUGUGCAGGUGUGUGGGCCACCAAACUUGGGAAAAUGGCUGGAGUCAACGUUCCUCUCGUUGCAAUGCAUCACGCAUAUGUGGUGACUGAGAGGAUUGAAGGCAUACAGAACAUGCCAAAUGUCAGAGACCACGACGCCUCGGUGUACCUGCGCCUUCAGGGCGACGCUCUGUCUGUGGGCGGCUAUGAACCCAACCCCAUCUUCUGGGACGACGUGUCCGACAAGUUCGCCUUCAGCCUGUUUGACCUGGACUGGGACGUCUUCAUGACGCAUAUCGAAGGAGCCAUCAACAGAGUUCCUGUUCUGGAGCAGACUGGCAUAAAGUCAACUGUGUGUGGACCAGAGUCUUUCACUGCAGACCAUAAGCCGCUGAUGGGGGAAGCUCCAGAGGUGCGAGGCUUCUUCCUGGGCUGUGGCUUCAACAGUGCCGGAAUGAUGCUGGGAGGAGGCUGUGGCAGGGAGCUGGCUCACUGGGUCAUACACGGCCGUCCUGAGAGAGACAUGUAUGGAUAUGACAUCAGGCGCUUUCAUAACUCGCUGACAGGCAACCAGCGCUGGAUCAGAGAGAGGAGCCACGAGUCGUAUGCUAAAAACUACUCUGUGGUGUUCCCCUUUGAUGAGCCGCUGGCCAGCCGGAACAUGAGGAAGGACCCCUUCCAUCAGGUGCUGACGGAGCAGGGCUGCGUCUUCCAGGAGCGGCACGGCUGGGAGCGACCCGGCUGGUUCAACAAAGACGGACCCGCUCCUCUUAAAGACUAUGAUUAUUAUGGGUGUUACGAUGUGAAGAAGAAUGAAAACUACAAAUACAACGAGCUGCUGGGCAAAGAGUACACCUUUGACUUCCCUCCACAUCACGACGUGAUUAAGGCCGAGUGCCUCUCGUGUCGACACGGCGUGGCUGUGUUCGACAUGUCCUACUUCGGGAAGUUCUAUCUCACCGGACCGGACGCCAAGAAGGCGGCCGACUGGCUGUUCACCGCCGACGUCAACAAGAAGCCAGGCUCCACUGUGUAUACCUGCAUGCUGAAUAAAAGAGGAGGGGCGGAGGCCGACCUGACGGUGAGCAGACUGGAGCCCGGUUCCUCCAACCUUCCCCUGGCACCCGAGUCCAACGGCGAUGCCUACUACUUGGCGAUUGGCGGCGGAGUCGCAGAGCACAACUGGAACCACAUUAGAACGGUUCUCCAGGAUCAAGGCUUCCGCUGCCAGCUGACAGACCACUCCGAGGACAUGGGAAUGAUCAGCAUCCAGGGACCAAAGAGCCGAGAAGUUUUGCAGGAGGUUUUGGACACGGAUCUCAGCAAUGAAGCGUUCCCCUUCUCAAGCCACAAAGUCGUCAAAGCAGCAGGACAUCAGGUGCGAGCGAUGCGCCUGUCCUUCGUGGGAGAGCUGGGCUGGGAGCUGCACAUUCCCCGAGACGCCUGCCUCCCCGUCUACAAUGCCGUCAUGGCCGCUGGCGCCAAACACGGCAUCAUCAACUCCGGCUACAGAGCCAUCGACUCCCUCAGUAUAGAGAAAGGGUACAGGCAUUGGCACGCUGACCUUCGCCCUGAUGACACCCCACUGGAGGCGGGGCUGGCUUUCACCUGCAAACUGAAGAGUUCGAUCCCGUUCCAGGGCCGCGAGACGCUGGAAAAACAGAAGGAGGAGGGCCUGAAGAGGCGCAUCGUCUGCUUCACCAUCGAUGAAAAAGUGCCCAUGUUUGGCCUGGAGGCUAUUUUCCGUAACGGGGUUCCUGUUGGUCACCUGCGCCGAUCUGACUACGGCUUUUUUAUUGAUAAAACUAUCGGUUAUGGCUUCAUCCGCAACCCCAUUGGAGGAGUGGUCAGCGCCGAUUUCAUAAAGAGCGGCGAGUUUACCUUGGAAAGGAUGGGAGUCACAUACAAGGCCAGAGCCCACCUCAAAUCUCCGUUCGACCCUGAGAACAAACGUGUGAAGGGCAUCUACGCUUGAGGAGGACCACCAGUGUAAAAAAACAAAAAAAGAAAGAAAACGCAGCGGUUAGAGAAAAACGCACAUGAUGAAAUGUACAACUUUAUUUUUUUUUCCAAAUGGAUGAAAUUGUCUUAACAUCUCUGUUGUAAACAUUAAAUGUUGAUCAUUUAUUUGGAUAAAGCUGAUGUUUACAUGAUCAAAUCAGACCUAUUCUGAAAUAUGACCUUUUUAAGAUGUUUUUUUUUUUUAAAGUUAUUAAAAUUUGGUACAAUUAGUCAGAUGCUGAAGCUGAUUUUAGCUUUUUUCUUUACUACUAUAUAAAAAUGAGCUUUUUUUUAGGUAAUUUACUGCCCUCUGAGCUGCUCUCCGAACACUUAGGUCUUAAACAGAAUAUGCUGAAGUGCAAUCGACGUCAAUAUCUGGCAUCGUCAUCAACCUUUUAAUAUUUUAUAUUCCCUCUGCGAACUAAAACGGAUCCAGACGUCACCCGGCUGGCCGUUCGUCGUCCUCGACUAAAUCGAAAGAUGCAAAUAAACCUUGUUCACCUGAACACAAUCCGUCAAAUUAACCAGAUGUCGUAAUGGGCUUAUAAUCUGUGACUUAACAUGUGUCACUGGAGUUUGCGGCGGAUGGUUUUUGAUGACGGCGGUGAAAGAACAGUCGUGGGUUCACCGCCAGUUCACUCACAGUCUUAAUCUUUCCAGCAGCAGGCUUCACAGAGAGCAUUUGGACGGCAUUCAUUAUCAUGAUUAUAGGUGUGUGGGGUGAUGUUUUGCACAAAACACACGCAGCUGCUGCCUUUGUAGCAAAGCAACAAGGAAAAUCUGUGCGUAUUUGUGUGAGCGGGCUGCUUUUUUCGACUAUUUGGGGUCUAAAAACUGAGAUUUUGGGUGAACUGGCGUACAAUAUGGAGCAUUUCCUACAUUUUCUGAGGUCAAAGGUAACAUUUGGUGAAGGUUCAGAUCAGAGGCAAUGUCUCAAUCCAUUUUGUCAAUGAGAAAACCCCACAAAGAUAUUACUUACAAGCCUCUAUGCGUGUGUGUGUUUUAGUUAAAAGUCAAUCCCAUAAAUUCUUGACUGGUGUCCAGGACCUUUUUUUUUUUUUUUUUUUUCAGUUUUUUUUUUAUACAGGCUAGACAUUAUUAGAAGCUCUCAGAUUUUACCCUCAACCCAUUAAUUUUAAUGUUGUCCUCAUUGUGCACUACAAUAUAUAACGUUUUAGUGCUGCAUGUUUCAUUUGUAAUGUCGCCUGUGAGGCCACGGUGCCUUCUGUCAGGGUCACAAUAAUUCCCUGAUGAUACUGUCUCCCCUACAGGCAGGCGCUGACACUGAUAGGGACGGCGAAAAUCACUUCUACCUGUUGUAUGCUGUCAAAACCCUUAGAGUUUAUCAAUAUUGGAGGUAAAAGGAGAAAAAAAAAAACACCCAAAAGGCCCGGUGUAGCAAACACAGCUGAAGACAACAGUCAUCUCAAAGCAGCUUUGAUGGAUAUAAAGUCUUUUGUUUUGGAAUCCGUGUCCCCGACGCCGCUCUCUCAACAUUUAAUCUGCCGUCGCUGCUGUUUGCAAACUCAGUUCUUCCAGCUUGGUUGUUAUUUAGCGUGGCUAACCAUAUUUUUUUAAGUACCGGCAGGAGCGCUCAUGCCACAAAUCAUAAUCAACACUUUGUGCAGUCUGCUCUUCCAGCAGCUUGAGGAGCGUCGUCGCUUUUUUUGUUUCUGCACAGGUGACCUGCGCUGUGAAGCCACGAGCGUUGAAAUCCAUCUUAGCCUCAUCAGUUCAUAUUAAAAAAAAAAAAAAAAAAAGAACAAAUACCAUCUUAUGGUAGCGAGUGAAGCAAGAAAUUUACAGGUUUCUAUCGGAAAAUUGUCUCUUAUUUCAUUCACAUUGUCUUCUCUAAUGACAAUACAUAAGAAGUUUAGAUAAAAAAAAAAAACUACUUGAAAACUGCAUUUGCUGUUAAGUGUAGUAAUUACAUGAAAUUAUGAAAUUUCUAACUGAAUCUAUGCAGAAUUCUGUGCAGCGCUCUCUUUGUUUACACUAAUUUAUGGUAAUUUCACUUCAGACCGGAGGAAAAACCUACAGUCGUCACUCACACUCUGUGAACUGGCAGCCGAAGCUGCAGCUCGUACGUGUGACUCCCACUUGCCUCUCAGAUGUUUGUUGCUGCACGUUCAGCACAAAAUGUUUACUAAUGUGGAAUGAUUCAUUGAUUCUGCCCAGGAGGCCAUUCAUCACUGGAACGGUCGUUCUCAGGAGUGGCUCGGCUUAAUAACAAAGAUUUAUAUGGGAAAUGUGAAACUGUGUGAUGAAACACUAUAGGUCCUCCUCCUCAGUAUGUAUGGAGCCAUCAUUUUUAAUACAAAAGAGUUUAUAGAAUUUCCUUUCUACUGUUAUGUGAUGGAAAUAUUGCUAAAAAAAAAAACUUCUGACAUUAAUUCUUGAGCAUAACAAGAUUUGAUUUCUUAGUGCAAAGCUGUUUUGUGCAGCAGUGUGUGUUCGGACCGUUACUCUGACAGGUCUAAAGAAACUGUGGAAAGGAUGUAAUGGCCUGUCAAGUAAAUGUUCAUGCAUACUGAUUUUUCCUGUCAAAGGCAAUUUGUGUAUCAAUAAAUUUAUAUUUGACCGGC